AAGGCAAAACAAUCUAACAAACCAACCAAAGUCCUCCUUCAAAAAGUCCGUCCCCUCUCUCUCUCUCUCUCUCUCCCUCCCCUCUCCUGCCCGGAAACCUCCGCGCUCGCAAGCCCUCAUCUUCGAUUGACGCCGAGCCCAAUUCCCAAGAGAGAAUCCCAUAAACUCAUCCCCCCCCCCCCCCCUCUCUCUCUCUCUCUCUCUCUCUCUCUCUCUCUCUCUCUAUAUAUAUAUAUAUAUAUAUAUAUUAUAUAUCUUGACCAGAAACUCAGGGGGGAGGAUGGGGUGUUGUAGCAGCAAGAAUGUGGAUUCGAAGGCCACUCGGAUGGCCAGGUGGCGCUCCACAGGCAUUGUCGCCUUACGUGACUCCAAAUUGAAGACAUUUCCUGAUGAGGUUCUUGACCUAGACAAAUCUGUCCGAACUCUUGAUUUGACUCACAAUCGAUUAGUUGACAUUCCUAUGGAGAUCAGCAAAUUGAUUAAUUUGCAGCGGCUGGUUUUGGCAGAUAACCUUAUUGAGCACCUCCCCGUAAACGUGGGGAAACUUCAAUAUCUUAAAAUUAUGACGCUUGAUGCAAAUCAAAUUACACUUCUCCCUGAUGAAUUGGGUCAGCUAGUGAGACUUGAACGGUUAUCCAUCUCAGGAAAUUUAUUGACACGCUUGCCUGAGACUAUAGGGAGCUUGCGCAAUUUGGUGCUCUUAAAUGUUUCAAACAACAAGUUAGAGUUUCUUCCAGAAUCAAUUGGGAGUUGCUUUUCACUGGAGGAACUACAAGCAAAUGAAAAUUCUAUUGCGGAUCUUCCCUCAUCAGUUUGCAAUCUCUUUCACCUGAAAUCACUGUGCUUAGAUAAUAACAACGUGAAGCAGAUACCUCCAAAUUUGCUAACAGACUGCAAAGCUCUUCAGAAUAUUUCCCUCCAUGACAAUCCCAUUUCCAUGGAUCAAUUUCAACAGAUGGAAGGAUUCCAAGAGUUUGAAACCCGGAGGAGAAAGAAGUUUGACAAGCAAAUCGAUGCCAAUGUGAUGAUCAGUUCCAAAGGCCUUGAUGAGGGUGUUGAUCUAUGAUGCAUACUGCCUUAUUGGUGAAGUUUCUGUAUAAAAUGUUAAUAUCCAGCUGAUUUUUUGUGUAAGAAUGGUUGUUUUUGUUUAAGUUCUACAUGUUUGUCAUGCUAUUACUUCUCCACCGAUAGGAUCAUCAUUUUUGGCUGCUGAUACCCUGAAGUUGUAUUCGCGUGGCUUUGGAAAUAAUGGGUGCCUAGAAUUCUUGAUGUUACUUGCACUUCUAAACUUCUGAAACAGCAUUGUAGCUGUUCUACUCGGUCCGAAAUUGUUUAGCAACCUUUGGUUCUAUGUUUGUAUGAGAACAAUCACAUCGACUCCUCGUACAUGUCUCGUGACUCGUGUAUAUGGGCAUGCAUUUCUCUUUAAUGACAAUGAUCUUGUGAAAUA